GUGAGGAUGAGCGAGGGAAAGUUGACGUGAUGGACAGCCACCGUCACCAGCCGUCCUCGUCGCCCGACGCAGACGAGUCCGAGUCCCAGUACCGGCCCAACCGCUUCCGAGGCCCGGAGUCGACCUGGCGGAAUCUCACGGCCGAGGAUCGGCAGAAUGCGCAGGCCUUGGUCGAUCUCCGCGCGCGGGACCUGGCGGCGCAUCUGUAUAAUGCGUAUGCGUUGCGGGUGCGGGCGCGGGCGAUUGCGCGGCGGAUGGCGGAUGGUGAUCUCGAAAGAGUGGAAGAGGAGGUCUUUGCGCCGCCGAAGCGGUGGACGGCGUGGCCGUUGCCUGCGGCGGAUGUGCCGCGGCCCGGGGAACUGGUGCGUCGGGCGGUCGAUGAUGCCUGGACGCUGCGCCGGCAGCCGGACCCGCGGCCGAGUGCCGAGUUGGAGGAAUCGCUGAUGGCUGUCAUGAUGAAGACGGCCAAGGAGCGGUUCAAUGCCAGAGAGUGGGAGACGAAGACGGCACCCGGUGCGUCGACGCCGCGCGGGAAGAGGAAGUCCUCCAUGUCGCAGGCCGGGACCCAGGAGGAGAGUGCCGGUGAUUGGGAAAGUGACGAGGGCGAGGAACAGGGGACGGUGGCCGGAAUGAAACCCGUGGCUUUACGGCCUGUGGUGCAAGCAGACGAUGAGAAGUCACGCGUGCAACUACGACCGCUGACACGAAACAUCCUCACGCAUUUCGAUACGCUGCUCAUGGGUCUCCAUCGCGCGCGGCAGGGCGACCUCGCACGCGACGACGAUAGCUCCGCCAGCGAAUGGCAGACUGAUACCGCCAGUGCGAUCUCAGGCUCGUCCUCCGGGCAGCAGCAGCAGAAACGGAGAGGCAGCGCCGCGGAGAAGGAGCGGAGUCUAUCGCGAGGGAGAAAGCGCACACGGCGGUCCUCAAUCCGAUCCGAGUCCAGCGGUGGGCCUUCUCGUUCACGAAGUACCCGUGUCUCGAGUAGCCGUGCAUCCAGCGAGCGCACAUCUUCCCAAGCACCCUCGAGUCAGCGCUCGCUCUCGCAGGGUUCUUCACGGUCCCGCGGCCGGUCACGCAGCAGCGAUGGCCGACGGUCCGUCAGCCGGGUCCGCCAGGGGCUCCGGGACUGGAGCGAGGUUUUGGGGAUUGCAUCCAUGACCGGGUUCCCAGCCGCGGCGGUGAUGCGAGCCUCCCGCCGCUGUGCGGAUUUGUUCGGCGAGGAUAUGGCGUUUCGAACGUUCCACGAAGGACAGGUGCGGCAGGACCUGCCGGACGCUGGUAGUGGUCCAGGGCCGUGGCACUACGUGGAGAGCGAGUCCGAACCUGAGGCUGAACUGGAGCCCGAGCCUGAGUCUGUGCCCCAACCCGAGGCAAUUCCAUUGUCAUCACGAGCGUCGUCCAGGAAACCUCGCUCGCGGGCGACAUCCCUCAGGGGUGGCUCGAGAUCCCGCGCGACGACUGCAUCUGCCGACGACACGCCGCGUCCCAGAGGAAAGGGCGAGCACCGGAAGUCCGAUCUGGUGUGCCCCAUCAAGAACUGUGAUCGGCAUUAUAACGGCUUCUCCCGAACGUGGAAUCUGAACCAACAUCUGAAGACCAUGCAUCCGGGGUACCAGCCUUCGGUCUCUGCGAGAAACUCGUCGGCUGCUAAGGCUUCUAGGAGGAAGGACAAUGCUAACGAGGGGUGAUCUCCGGAGGUGAUAAGUGUAUCGUAUGUGUAUCAGAUGUGAUGAUGAUACGCUAUCUGUUGCCAAUGCUACGAAUAACGGAGACGGACACAGCGCUUGCCUGAAGAUAACAGCCAACGCAUCUGUGUGAAAUGGGCAUUCUAGACUCUUAACCCACCAUGCUGGGCGAUGGCACAUCCACUCAGCGAUGCUAGUCUCAAAUACCAUACCCGAACCCCAACCCUACAAAUCAACACCCAAAGCUACAACCGCCACCACAAC